AUGAAUGAAGCCGAAGAAGUGGUAUCUUCUACAACAGCAUCAGUCGACACUCCUCAUUCCACUGGCUUACGUCCUUUAGCAGCACGCCCAUCGUCCUCGCAAACGAACCGCGAUCUCGCAAAAGUUGUCGGUCAGAUUCGCCCUAAGCUCAACCCUGAAGAAAGAGCAGAGUCAGGAUCACCGGCUCCCUCUUCGAGCUCAUUACCGCAAACAACGGCUGCAGCGACUCCCAUUGCCUCUAACCAACAACGUUCACACGAUGUUCUACUGUUAUCCAAAGAUGAAAUACCGCUUAAGGAGAGAUUGAUGACCAUAUUUGUCAACUAUUCAUGCCGGAUUGGUCCACAUCUUGAUCCUGCCAUGGUCGCUGGAAUUCGCCGUAAAUUCGGACCUUUCGCUACACAUCACGCUCUUCGGGAAGCUGUCCAACAACUACUGAAUUGCUCGAAAGACGAUGCCAUAACAUUGAAUCUUGUACAGCCAGCUGCUGUCACACAGAUCUUGUCUGUCACUGCUCACUGUGGUGGCACUCCUCGAUCACGCUUUAUUCCGUGUGUGAAGAGCUCAGCGGAUGCGUGGAAUUAUCUGAAACAGCUUUUACGAAAGUUGAAAAUCUGUGAGAAUUUCUAUUCAAGCACCGGCGAACCAUGUGCUAGUUGUGCUCCUGCGAAUGACGUGAGCGUAGAACAGAUUGUUGCCUUCUCGCCGCCGAUGAAACAGUGGUCAAUUGAGAAAGUGGCUAAUGAGCUGAGCAAACUACUUGAUGAGACGAUUGUUUCCAAAUUUGUUGAACAGCAAAUUGAUGGACGCUCCCUCGGAUUGCUGACGACGGAACUGCUUAUGAAUUAUAUGGGUUUGGCACUUGGACCAGCGCUCAAAGUAGGUUUUUUCAAUUAG